CCCCUCUUCCCCAGCGCUGAUUGUCACACAUUGUUUACUACGGCUUGAAAUGUGACUCACAACACCGGGCUAUCUGCUGGAGGACCGCUCUGACAACUGAGGGAUUCUUUUUGACGCGCGCCGUGCGUCUUGGUUAUUUGGGGACACGCCGUGGACACUACCCUUUUUUCUGCCAUGACAGUGGAUUUGCUUGCGCUUUUAUGCGUGCUGGUCACCGCAUCCUCCGCGAUGGAAGAGACCGUGAUGGACACUCGGGUGGCCACGGCUGAACUGGGCUGGACGGCGUAUCCUAAUUCUGGGUGGGAGGAGGUGAGCGGCUACGAUGAAAACCUCAACACAAUCAGGACCUACCAGGUGUGCAACGUCUUCGACCCCAGUCAGAACAACUGGCUCCUCACCACCUUCAUCGAUCGGCGUGGGGCGCAGCGCAUCUACGUGGAGAUCCGAUUCACCGUGCGCGACUGCAGCUCCAUCCCCAACGUGCCCGGCUCGUGCAAGGAGACCUUCAAUCUCUAUUACUACGAAUCGGACGCCGUCAUUGCCACCAAAGGCACGGCCUUCUGGAUGGAGGCGCCCUAUCUCAAAGUGGACACCAUCGCCGCGGACGAGAGCUUCUCGCAGGUGGACUUUGGCGGACGCCUGAUGAAGGUCAACACAGAAGUGCGAAGCUUUGGCCCGUUGUCUAAAAACGGCUUCUACCUGGCCUUUCAGGACUACGGCGCCUGCAUGUCUCUGCUGUCGGUGCGUGUGUUUUACAAGAAGUGCCCAAGUGUGGUGCAGAACUUUGCAAUCUUUCCAGAGACCAUGACGGGGGCAGAGAGCACCUCGCUGGUUAUCGCAAGAGGAGUCUGCAUUCCCAACUCCGAGGAAGUCGACGUCCCCAUAAAGCUGUACUGCAAUGGAGACGGAGAGUGGAUGGUUCCGAUCGGCAGCUGCACGUGCAAGGCCGGCUUUGAGCCCGACAACGGCAACGUGUGUCGAGCAUGCCCCCCGGGUACCUUCAAGUCCAUCCAGGGUCCAGGUCUGUGCCUACAGUGCCCUCCCAACAGCCGCUCCACAGCGGAGGCCGCCACCAUCUGCGUGUGCCGCAACGGCUACUACCGCGGCGACGGCGAUCAGCCGGACGAGCCCUGCACCAGUGUCCCAUCCAGCCCACGGAACGUCAUCUCCAUAGUGAACGAAACGUCUGUGAUCCUGGAGUGGCACUCUCCCAGGGAAACGGGCGGCCGCCAGGACGUCGUCUACAACAUCGUGUGCAAAAAGUGCCGGGCCGACCGGCGCUCCUGUUCCCACUGCGACGACAACGUGGACUUUGUCCCUCGACAGCUGGGUCUGACUGACACCACGGUGUUCAUCAGCAACCUGUGGGCCCACACUCUCUACAGCUUCGAAAUACAGGCUGUCAACGGAGUGAGCAAUAGGAGCCCGUACCCUGCUCAGCACGUCUCCAUCGAUAUCACCACCAACCAGGCUGCACCCUCCAUAGUUCCCAUCAUGCACCAGAUCAGCUCCACAAUGAAUAGCUUCACGCUGUCUUGGCCACAACCAGAACAGCCCAAUGGCAUCAUCCUGGACUAUGAACUGCGCUACUACGAAAAAGACCAUGCAGAGAUAAACUCCACCAUCCUGAGGAGCCAAACCAACACCGCGCGGGUGGAGGGCCUCAGGCCGGGUACGGUCUACGUGGUACAGGUGCGGGCGAGGACUGUGGCUGGCUUUGGCAAAUACAGCAGCAAGAUGUGCUUCCAAACCCUCACAGAUGAUGACUUCAAGUCUGAGCUGAGGGAACAGCUUCCACUGAUUGCGGGGUCAGCGGCAGCAGGAGUGGUCUUCAUUGUUUCCCUCGUCGCUAUCUCCAUUGUGUGCAGCAGGAAAAGGGCAUACACCAAGGAGGCGGUGUACAGUGACAAGUUGCAACACUACAGCACAGGAAGGGAACUCUCUUUGCGAGCCGACAUGUCUAACUGCCCCUCCCCACUGGGCUGCCCGACCCACUUCUCAGGCUCCCCGGGGAUGAAGAUCUACAUUGAUCCAUUUACCUACGAAGACCCCAACGAAGCCGUGCGAGAAUUCGCAAAGGAGAUCGACGUCUCCACCGUCAAGAUCGAGGAGGUCAUCGGUGCAGGUGAAUUUGGGGAGGUUUACAAGGGCCGUUUGAAGCUGCCUGGCAAGCGGGAGAUCUAUGUGGCUAUCAAGACCCUGAAGGCGGGCUACGUGGAGAAACAGAGACGCGACUUCCUGGCCGAGGCGUCAAUCAUGGGCCAGUUUGAUCACCCAAAUAUUAUCCGUCUGGAGGGCGUAGUAACAAAGAGCCGUCCGGUCAUGAUCGUCACAGAGUUCAUGGAGAAUGGUGCCCUUGAUUCUUUCCUCAGGCAAAAUGACGGUCAGUUCACGGUGAUCCAGUUGGUAGGAAUGAUGCGUGGGAUCUCAGCUGGGAUGAAAUAUCUCUCAGAAAUGAACUACGUCCACCGUGACCUUGCUGCACGGAAUAUUCUGGUCAACAGCAACCUGGUGUGUAAAGUGUCUGACUUUGGCCUGUCCCGCUACCUACAAGAUGACACCUCUGAUCCCAGCUACACCAGCUCUCUGGGUGGGAAGAUCCCGGUGCGGUGGACAGCACCAGAGGCCAUUGCUUACAGAAAGUUCACCUCAGCCAGUGACGUUUGGAGCUACGGCAUUGUCAUGUGGGAAGUGAUGUCUUUCGGAGAGAGGCCUUAUUGGGACAUGUCCAACCAGGAUGUGAUUAACGCCAUCGAACAGGACUACCGUCUGCCCCCACCUAUGGACUGCCCCAGUGCUCUGCACCAGCUGAUGCUGGACUGUUGGCAGAAGGACCGCAACGUACGACCUCGCUUCAGCGACAUUGUCAGUACCCUGGACAAGAUGAUCCGUAAUCCCACCAGCCUCAAAGCUGUAGCCAACAUCCCUGCAGUGCCUUCCCAGCCACUGUUGGACAGAUCCAUUCCUGAUUUCAACACCUUCAGCUCAGUAGAGGACUGGCUUGCUGCCAUCAAGAUGAGCCAGUACAGAGACAACUUCCUAAACUCAGGUUUUACUUCCCUGCAGCUGGUGGCUCAAAUGACCUCAGAGGACUUGCUGAGAAUAGGAGUGACCCUGGCAGGACACCAAAAGAAGAUCCUCAGUAAUAUCCAAACCAUGAGGGUGCAGAUGAGCCAGUCACCCACGAAUAUGGCAUGACUACAGGGGGCGCUGUGCCAUGGCGAAGGCAGCAUUCGUAGGACCAACAAAGACGGCGGCCCACGAAUGACCCCUGAUCCAUCGGAACGCGCCAGAAUCGAGACAAUUGUCUUAAUCUAAUCAACUACCACGACAACAGGAGACCAGGGUCUACGCUAUCACAUGAUCAACACUCAUCACACGCCCGGAGAUCAGGGUCCAGACUUGAUACCGUUUCUCCAUUUAUCCACAAUAAAAGAAGGAAAGGAAAGAUAUCAGUAGAUGUGGUUAUGGACGCCAUUCAAGUCAUUUUAAACCAAAAUAACUCCAACAAUCCGACAUGAAACAGGGACUCCCUCACAAUUCCAAACUGUGUGGUAAAAUGAGUGAUAUCGUACUUUUUAAAAUAUCUGGACUUGAAGAUGUUGUAAACAAAAGUGUGAGACAUUUAGAAACAACUUGUAACCUGUGAUUUUUACUGUCGUCAAUGUGUGCAAUGAAGAUGCCUUGACCUGGCCAGAAAUCAGUCCAAGAAGAAAAAGCAAUUACCAAUAGGAAUAAUUAGAGGGAGAAGUUGAUACAGGGAUGUACAGUGGAGCACCGAUUUCAACUUUCACACUUCAUAAUUUGCUUAAAAAAUGUAUCGUAAAUGAACUGGUAAAAUUUAGAGCCAGUUAUAUUUUUGACUUUUAACAUCUGUUCUUUUGUUUGUUGUUUCCGCCCACUCAUAUUUAAACUUAAAAACUACCUGUGGGAAGCUGGGUGGAGGACUUCUCAACCAGCCCCACCCAGAUUCAUAGAAUAUAAAUAUGUUUAUCUCUUGCUUAUUAUGAUUAUAUAUUUCAUAAUAAACCUUCAUAUUGAAGGUGAUAUGUAUGAAUAUGUAUGUACAGAACUCUCUGCUUGCAUUUUUGGCAAAGACAUGCUUGUUGGCUAGAUUGUGAUAGACACAUGACGCAAUGUGUACAUUCUUCAAGGUGCCCUGGUUCCCUUCACGUGACCGUGACAACAGACACUGGGUUGUACCUGGGAAACAAGGACAAUCUGACUGGAUCUUAAGCUGAGGAAAACAUUAAAGGAACCGUAGAAAAAUAAUUGGUAUUGUACAUCUAUAUGACAAUUGCUGUAGGAGUUAAAAUAAUUGACAAAAUAUCCGUUUUAUUGGAGAUCAUGUUUAAUGUGGCUGUACACAUUCUGUCUUUUGCUGGUCAGCACUUACUUGUACAGAUAUGUCUUAUGUUUUUAUUCAUUUUUGUUCUAUUGUUACGUGUAUUGAGAGUGCUGAGCAACAUCCAGAAGGGAAGGAAACGCCACGCCUCGGCCGGCCCAUAUCUACGAAUGUGGACUCGAUAUACACACACACACACAUAUUGAAACACAAACACACAAUUUGUGUCACACGUUUACAUGCACGUACACACCGUGUGAACACUCGGAGUUACUGUGGGAAGCCUGCGCAGGAGCAGGUCAAAUCUUUCCAGGGGACCAGCUACAGCAUCCACCGUGUGGUACACAGCGGAUGCUGAGGAUGGAAUAUUAGCGCGCACAUUUCAUUUUUGGGGUUUAUUCGAGAGAGUGAAUGUAUGUGUGGGAGCAUAACAGGCACAUUUGUGUGUGUACAGACAUUUAUAUGUGAACAGGUACACUGUUUAAGAGCGUGAACAGUUUUUUCUUUUUUUCUGUAUAGCUACCACUUGUAAAUUGUGACAAGUACGUGUCAAGAGUUUGUAAACUGUAACUUUCUGAGAAAUAUUGUACUAAAAUGCACUCAAUAAACGCCUUGAAAAACAAGUCAA